AUGGCCUUGGUUUGUUCCCAGAUAGGAUAUGCUGAUCUUCUCUGGUUCUUACGUAGCAUUGCCACAAGCUGUGCUGCCCCCUUGGUCUUUGAGCCAGUGAACGGACUUCAGGAUGGGGCUUUUGCUGCUAAUUGCCCUGCUUGGGUGGCAAUGAUGGAGCUGAAUGAGCUUUCUAUGCUAGGCAGCCGUCUACUUGAUUAUUCGGUAAGCUUUGGGACUGGUCGGUUUCUGUGCCCGGACAAAAGCCGUUCGCGGAGAUGGAUAAAGCAUCUCGUUCCAGAAUGGGUUUCGAGAUUAGGCUGUGGUUUGGGCAGUGUAGUGGACGCCGAUUCUAUGUAUGGAAAAUUUUCCAGUGCCCUCAAUCGAGCCGAAAGGGAUGGUAAACAUUAUCGCGUGGAGCCGUCGUUGAGAAAACCGCCAAUUGCACUGGAUGACGCAGCCUUCCUUGCAGAUCUCAUCACGGAGACAGAACAAUACAUGGAGUCCCCUCAAGUCCAGCAAAGCAUUUCUCACUUACAGCUUGCAAUGCUUGCGUCUUGUUUCUAUGCUGCUUUGCUGUCACCGCCAACCUUUAACUCCAAUGUAGGACAAUACUGCGUCCAACUAGCAGUUCUGUCCCGAUGGCCCGAAGAUGGGGACAUAUGUCAGUCACUCGGUGAGAAACUAGAACAUGCAUCUUUUGUUAUGGGUACCCUGACGCGCCCGUACACGAUCCCUUUGUACUGUACGAUUUACGUGAGCUCUCUAGAUACGCCUAUUGACAUAGGUCUCACUGUUGACGGAAUAACAUCGCACCCUAUCAGCGGGGCCCCGUUGUCUCUGAUGCAAUUGAUGUACCUGCAACAUCCGCCAUUCUGGUCUCACUCUACUGCUCGUAAGCGGGACGGCUCUCAUUUGGCCGAUAGUUGCAAUAAACGUCGCCGUACUACCUAA